GUUGAAUCGAAGGCACAUAAAUUUGAUGGAAAGUUUUAAUUGGUUGGAAAAAUGAAGAGGAAACGAUCGAAAGGAACGAAAGAUAGAAAAGAAAUAGAAAGAGUUACACCGUUUCACGUUCGGUGGGGGGUAAAAUGUGAUGUGUGAGUGAGAUAGACGAUCGUGUCAAAGAGAGAGAGAAAGAGAAAGAGGAAGAGAGAAAGAGUGGGAGAAAGAAUAAGAGAGAGAAAGAGAGAGAGAGAGAGAGAGGGCUCGCGAUCUCGAUUACGAGAAGCAUCGAGCGCGCCACUCGCACUUGCUCUCGAGACACCGACUCGGUAACUCCGCGCAGUGCUUCUUGUCUCUCAUUCGAUCUCUGUUUUCGUACUAUGUAAACAUCGCUUGUCUGUUUUGUCAGCACGCGUACGAGACAUUGUCGGUUUAAUAUAGUGACAUUAUUCGAAGAAUUAUUUAUCACGUGUCAUUACGAUCGUGACUUUUCGUGUUAUUACAUUUUUUUCACUGUUUCUCUCUUUCUCUCUCUCUUUUUCUCUCUUUCUGUCUUCCUUCCUCUCUCUCUCUCUCUCUCUCUCUCUCUCUCUCUCUCUCUCUCUCUCUCUCUCUCUCUCUCUCUCUUUGUUUUUCUUUUCGUUCGUUUAAUCGUGUCUCUUCAUUUUCCUACGAAAUAAUCCGAUCGAGCCCGAUCAAUGCCGAUCGUCUUUCCGCGAAAUGCGUGUUCCGAAAAGUGAUUGUCAACGAAUGUUAUAUUUACGUCGUAUCGAUGAGAAGAAUCGUAGUGUACGAAUGAAGGAAAUCUAUUUAAAUUAAGAAGAAAUUUCUUGUCAGAGAGAGAGAGAAAGAAAGAGAGAGAGAGAGAGGGUGGAAGAAAAGAGCUGUCAUUAUUACAAAGUGGAAAAAAAAAAGAAAGAAAAUCGAUUGGAGGUUAAAAUCGAUUCGACGAGGCAUAUCCAACGAGAGAGAGUGUGUGUUUAUCAAGGAACUACUUUUGUCGAAAAGAAGAGGGAGAGAGAGAAGGAACUACGAAAAAGCUUCGGCCCAAAUAGAAAAACUUCUCUGUUUGUUCAACUCUUCAGCAUUCGAGUUUCAGCUUUGAGGUUGAAAAUAAUCUGUGGGACUGGGAUUCUUGGAAGGUGCUUCUUGGAAAAACGUGGGAAAGAGAACGUGAUCAUCGAUGGAAGAUGGAUAACGAAUGAUAUUCAUCGUCAGAGAGACGACUAGUCCGGAAAAUGGGUAACAACGGUAGUUCCCAUCAACAGUGUCCCUCGAACGGGCUAUCUCAAGAUAUGGCACGUGGAUGGACUCAAACCUUCCCUCGGGAACUGUCGAAACACCAUUCGCAGCCGCCUGGACAUAAGGUCCUUCCAGAGCCACCCAAUCAAAGGCUCCGUGCAACCAAUAAUGGUAGUAUUAUUCACAACGGCGGGACCAUAAGUGGACGCAGACCUUCGGCGCAGACGUUGCCACACGAUCUUAAUAAGCAAGGAGUCUUUCGUAGCAGAAGUACAUCGGCGUCGAACAUUGGUGUAUCUAGAUCACGGAAGUCCGAUCAUCACUGUUGUCAUUAUCAAAGCGAUUCUCAUUGCAUGGAUAAUGAAAUGCAGGAAUUGAAAAGAUUUGGUAGCGAGCCAGACCUAAGAUAUUCGCCAACGGAACGUUGCAAUACGACUAGUAGACAACACCACGGUUUAGAACGUCGUCAUUGUACUGGUUAUUAUCCUGAAAGGGAUUCCAGAGAACGGGAGAGUCGAUACAAAGGCAAGAAAAAGUACAAAGCACCGGCACCACCUGGCAAUGUAAUGGCUGACGGUUCGUCACCUGACUCUUAUAAGUGGGAACUUGGUCAGGAUAAUAGUCGUUGUAGACACGAGGAAGAAGUCCAGCCGCCACCUAGGAGGUCACGGCUUUUUAAGACUAGAGCGGAAACGAAGAGGGCACAGAUCAGUUGGAUGCCCAACUUGUCCACGCAAUCCCACCAGGAACGUAACGAGGCAACACUCGAGAACGAAAGAAGGUGGAGGAACGAACGUUCUUCCAUUAGCGAGAAUAAGAGGCCAUCCUGGCGGGAACAGGAUCAACAGCAGCAGCCACAACAGUCGCAAUCGCAGCAACAACAACAGCAACAGCAACAGCAACAACAACAGGAUCGAUGGUGCAGAGACGAGUUGAGACGUUCGAAAAGAUUCGAUGGCAAAAACACACUUCAAAGGAGUAUGAGCAGCCCCGAGUUCCAGGCGGAACUGAUGCAGGUAGCUAGGAAAGUGAGGAAUAAGCUGAACUGUGGUAGGAAAUCGGCCAGUCCCCUUGAUUCCUCUAACGUUGCGUCCUUAGAACGUAAGAAUGUGGAGCCUUCGAAGAGCACGAAAGAAAAGUUGAUCAACGAGGAACAUAAAAAGACGGAAAAGAAAAACUCCAAGACGACAACCGUCGAGGAACGAACUGUCGAAGAUAGAAUCGUUUCGCGCAUGAACGAGGAGAGGAGACUUAUAGUGGAAAGAUGUAGCAGAAUGGAAAACAAGAUGACCUCGUACGAGGAACGUAGGAAUGAUGUAGGAAGGAGCAAGGAUUGCUCAAAGGAACGAGAAGAUAAUGGAGUAGUUAAUAAGAAGAGGAACGUUGAGAGGUCGACAAAUUUUGAAGAUGAAGCUACGAAUCAAGGCAAAAAGCCAUUGAAGGAGAGGCUCGAUACGCUUGGACAUUCCAUCGAAGAUAGAUUUUCGGACAAACAAAGGAGAGAUUUUGAGGAUUAUCUGAGAUCAAAUGAUCCAGCGAAAAAUCAAAAAUUUGAGGAUGUCGUCGAUACUGGAAGAAGCAGAUCGGAAAGUCCAAUAAGACAUCGCAGUAGAGAUAAAUUCAAUGAUCGAGGACAAGGAUCUGGUAGGGAAAGUACGCCGGAACCACAGGAACAUAAAGGAAGGGACAAAGAAAAUUCAGAUCUCAAGUGGUGUAAAAGAGAGACAAAAAUGAAUGAUACUAAGAACAUUGAAAAGAGAUGGUCGGAUGGUGAGAUGUUGAUAGAAAAGAAGGAUCCAAACGCCAAAGAACUCACGAAAAUUUCAGAAACGAAGGAACCAGUCGAGAACUGGCACAUAUUACCGCGUACAGAAAAGUCAACGCCAAAGACCUUCUAUUUUGGCAUGGAUGAGGCCUUAUCCAAAGAAUCACGAAAUAGCGUAGACCAACAAAUUCACCACAUCCAGUCGAGAUUACAGGUUAGAGAAAUCAACAGAUCGAACGAAUACACUAUGGACGACGGUGACGAAAUAAAAAGUGGACCAGAGGAUAUCUCGUUGAAACUUCGACCUACGCUUCCGAAAAAACAAUUAGAAAUACCAAGAUUUUCUCCCUCGGCAGCAUGGAGAUUAUUAUCAGCGUUGGAAGCACCUGGACCAACGAUGAGUACAGCUAGUGAAGAAAUUCCAGUCAUGUUCGAAGAAAGGAUCGAACGUUUAUCGAGGCCACCUCCACCAUUGAUAGCUUUGGGACCUCGAAGUUCGCACGACAAAUCAGGAGAUUCAGGUAUUUCCGGAGACGCUGGAGCUGGUAACGACGAUUCUCUAGACGUUAGUACGAUGAACAGAAUAAAGACACCGGCAACGAGACCCACGUGGACUCCUCAACAAGAUCUAGGCGAAGAAUCAAGCAGCGAUGCUGGCGUAGAUUCCCCACCUCCAAUUCCAGCACCAUUAAAAUUUACACCGAAAGCUCACGUCUUUUCUCUCUCUUUGCCACGUGAUGACAACAGGAUGUAUCUUUAUAAUCCUGAAGCAAAGGGUAAGGAAGGAUCAGCGUUCAAUUCCCUGCAAAAGUUAAAGAGAUCGAUGUCAGGAGCAUUCGGUCUCGGUCCGUUGGAUCUCGAAAGGAAACGUGCCAGCGACGUACUCGAUGACAAUUGGCUAUUGUCCAGUAGUGCACCAACCUCAUUGCAACUCAAUCAAAUUACGGACGUGACUCGAUCUUCGCCUUCUGGAUGGAAACAAGACUUUGAUGAUGAGGACGUUGAUGGCGAUGACGACGACGACGACCAAGAAGAUUCUGAGGACAGAAACGACUUCCCUGUAAUCAUGAAACCUCCAUCAUUUUCUUAUUUAGCUUCCGGUGGUCAUGUCAUGUAUUUACCAGAAGCCAAUGGUACGGUAUACCAACCACAGAAUUUGAAUUAUAAGAACAACGGUCCUAUAAAGAAACAAAAUUUUGUUAAUACCGCAUCGAAGUAUAAAAAGAAUGUCGUGGACGAUCUAAAAAAGUCUUCUAUGAUAGAGGAAAAAUCGCGAAAAUCAAAAAACUUGAGAUCCUUCGGAGAGAGGUCUUCCUUCGCUGAGAGAGGUAUUAAUUCGCAUAAUAGAUUCUCGAACUUUUCAAAAUCCUGCGAAAAUAUAUCCGAGAUGAAACAAAGAAGUACAUCGCCUACCGUCGAGCAAUCACAGAAUGUGCAAGACAAUAAAGAAUCAUCUUCUGAAAUCAAAGCACCAGCUAAACAUAAUUCGAAAGGUAAACGAUUUACGUUUCAAUCAACCGUUAGGCAAAUCGAGAGACGCAGAUUGGCUGAGAAAUUGUCUCGCGAGGCUGAGGCUAAAGAACGUCAGAGAAAAGGAGAGCUCGAAGCUAUGAGGAAAGUCGAGGAAGAGUUUCAACGGAAACGGGCAAGAGAGAAAGCGAAUAUUAGACAACAACUUCGAUUGUAUAAUAUGGAUGAACAACUUAGGUAGAGAUUUUAUAACGUAAUAUUUAUACCUAUAUACCAGUUUCAUUUGAUAUUAAUAUCUAACGCUUUGAUCGAUAGUAGUUUGCCUUCUGCUUGGGAUACGUCACAAUUGUCUCGAGCUGAUCCCGAUGGUGCACCGUCAUCAUCAGCCUCGUCACCAACAUCUGCUCCGCUUGGAACCCUAACGGCAAAUCGUAAGAAUAGCGUUAGCAGCGACGAGCAUCAUAGGAAAAGAGGCGCUAGUUCUGAAUCGAAACAACAACAGAAAAGAGAGUACAAAGAUUAUCGACCGAAAUAUUACGCUUGGACGCCGGAAAAUUCAUCUCAUUUAGAGUAUAAACAGACCACUGUACAUCCAAAAGUCAUUUGCAAUAUUCCAAAGAGUUCAGCGGUCUUUGUCGAUGCAAAUGUCCACGGUGGCAAAGCUACGAAUCUAAAUUCAACGCCUAGGUCUGAUAAUUACAGAAAGGAUUUCGCUCAUGGUGCCGUUGCAGCGAGGUCAUCCUUAGCCAGCAGCAAUAGUGAAUUAUCGCAACCAAAUACCAGGCCACAUUCUAGACAAACAGGAAGCAAAGGCAAACCUCUACGUUCUAGGUCGGCUAGCCCAGAACGAAGCGAGGAAGCCGCCAGUUCGGAGGAUGAAAGCCCAGUGGAACCAAUCAAGCAAGAACGGAAUCCCAUUAAUGGCUUUAUAUUAAACGGAGUUCAACCUUUUGUGAGGGAGAAGAGUUAUCGACCCAUUUCCUUUAAUCCUCAACCACCCCAGCCCAUUCCAAAUAUGAUAAUUUGUAUAAGUACAACAACGAAUCAAAGAUUAUUAGCAUAUGGUAAUAUGUGCUACAAAAAUUAUGCUAAUGAAUUAAAUAAAAAGAAAAUCAUUAAAACUAUGGAUAGUGAAAAUUAUACUGAAACUGCUUCUUCUUCAGCAAAUAAUAUCAUUAAAAAAUUACAAGAAAAUACUGGGAAAAAUGUUAUACAAUCGGAAUUCGAAGCAAUGUUAUUUGGAGAGAGCAGCGACGAGGAAGACCCCGAAAGGAUAGACAAUAUAAUGGAGACAUCUUCUCCGGGAAAUUUACCGACUGGACAGAGUAGCACGAGUAAUGCAAAACGCAUAGAAAAUUUAGAGAAUAGAGAUGAGAUCAUUUUAACAUUGAUGUGGUUGAACAAUCGUUUGGGUGCAGCUUAUUAUAACAUCGUAACGUCAGAAUUAUUUGUAAUGGAGGACACUCACGAUGAUGUCGUUAAUUUCAAUAUUACAAAAAUGCUUUAUAGACAAUGUCAACCGCAUUACAUUGUCACGAUACUUGGAAUAUUCGAGGAUUUUCUUAAUUGUUUAAAAAAGCUCGUAGUUGCGGAUGCAAUAGAGGAUAAUCAAAGUUCUAGCUCGAGCGAUCGAUCGAUUCAAACCAUAUUUAAAGCCUUACCGAAAAAAGAAAAUAACUAUGAUAUUUGUUAUCAUCGAGUUCGAUGCCUAAAACUCGAUUCGGAACCAAAAGAUGCUGAAAAUUCUGAAAGAGUUACAUUUUUAAAUGCUUUGCUAGAUUUUAAGUCUCAUGCGAUGAUCCACGCUUUAGGAUUACUCUUAAGAUUUAUCGAUAAACAUUGGAAUACUAUUGCUCUUGAUCCUUCCGGCAAAGCAUCUUUUAUCUCCUUGAAUUACAUUACUUUAGAAAACCUUGUAAUGAUCGAUGACGACUCUUAUAAAGCAUUAAAUAUCGUCCAAACAAAAUAUCAUCCAAGUUUCUUCAAAUUCGGUAAUGCAUCUACGAAAAUACAAAGCGGUAGCUUAUUCGCACUCUUAAAUUGUUGUCAAUCGAGACCGGGUGUACAGUUUUUAUGGAAAACAAUUCGACGUCCAACAAGAGAUAUCGACAUACUCAAUCAAAGAUAUGACGUGAUAGAUUUCUUCUUGGAUCCAACUAAUCAAAGUGUCGUUGAAAAUUUAACAACAUGUUUGAAAGAUAUUUAUCGUUUAACAAACGCAAUACUUAGCCGUUAUUUAGGUCCAAGAGCGAGAGCUUCCGAUUGGCAGAGAUUGCAUAAAACUGUUACUAACAUAAUUUACAUCGCCUAUAUUUGUGAGAAUUAUGACAAUAAGAUACAAUUAUUCAGAAAGAUAGUAAAUAUUAUUACGGAUGAGAUGCAUUACGUGAAAUAUUUCAUUGAACUUAUAGUUGACUUUGAAACAAGCAGACGUGAAAAUACAUUUGUUGUUAGAUCCGACGUUGAUCCUCAAUUAGACGAACUACGUAAUCUAAAACAUGCUUUACCUCAACUCUUAACAAAAAUGGGCGAAAAAGAUAUGCAGGAUAAUCUUCCCACAUCUGUUACAAGUUGCAACAUGGUUUAUCUACCAAAUAUCGGCUACGUAUUGGCUAUUAAACAAUGGAAUCGUACUCCACCAGAAACGGAUGACAUUCCUGGUUUAGAAUUCAAAUUUAUAAUAAAUGGUGUGCAUUAUUAUAAGAGUCCUUGCGCUAGAGAAUUAGAUAAUAGUAUAGGUGAUAUCAUGUCGAAAAUAACAAAACGACAAAGUGAAAUUAUGUUGAAAUUGGUACGAUAUAUAAAUAAACACGCAAAUUCUAUAUUAGGUGCUAUACAGUUGUGUGCAGAAUUAGACACAUUGCUGUCCUUCUCACAAGUGGCACGGAAUCAUAAUUACGUGAGACCAAAUAUGGUCAAGUCUCAAGUUAUAGCCGUGAAACAAGGACGACAUCCUUUACAAGAAUUUCAUACCACAUAUGUACCGAACGAUAUUUAUUCUGGACAAGGGAAAAGCCUCGUCAAAAUUAUAACCGGUCCGAACGCUUGCGGAAAGAGUAUAUAUCUUAAGCAGGUGGCACUUAUAGUUUUCAUGGCUCAUAUCGGUUGUUUCGUACCUGCUGAAUCUGCGACAAUUGGUGUUAUGACUCAUAUAUUAACGCAAAUCGUUACUAUAGAUAGUAUUUCAUUAGAUGCGAGUGCUUUUUUACAAACUCUUCGACAGAUAAAUAUGGCAUUGUAUGCAUCAACUCCAAAUUCGCUUAUAAUAAUGGAUGAGUUUGGCAAAGGCACAUCCGAGACAAAUGGUCUGUCAUUACUGGCUGCUGUUCUAGAUAGCUUUGUCGAGAGAGCCAUUUAUUGUCCUCACGUAUUCGCUGCAACUCACAUUCAUCGUGUAACAAAGCUGUUGCCUGAAAAUCCGAUGAUAGAGGCCCAAACUUUUGAAUUCAUAACGAACAACGAUGACGAGUCUCUAGCAUUUCUUUAUCGCUUGGUAGUUGGAAAUACUACUUGCAGUUUUGCACACUCUGUAGCAAAAAGUGCUGGUCUCAGCGAACAACUUAUAAAGCGCAGCUUAGAGAUUUUUAAGAACGUAAAACAGGGAACACUUCCUUCGCGUAUACCCGAAGUUCAACGAAAAGAAACGGUAAAGCAUAUAAUCGAAAGAGUAGUCGUUCCAGACGUUGACUUUGACUUAGAGGAAUUAAAGUCGUGGGUGCGCCAAGCUAUAUUACCAUCGUCGACAAAAUUUUAAUAAAUAAUAUAUAUAUAAUAAACAUUUUGUACUUUUAA